ACUCAUUUACAUUUUUUGUUUCGGUAGCAAAGAAACCAGAGAAGCUAAAGGAUCUCCCAUCCUCCAGCAGUCCAGCUUUUCAGAUCGAAAGAAAAGAAACUAGAGAAAUGAAAGGAUCUUCCAUGGGGCAAAAAAAUGGAGCCUAAAUACUUGUUUGGUUCUGCAGGGGAGGGAGGGUUGAUUAUAUUUUACUAAUUUGUGUCUAUUUUUUAUUAGCCAGUGUUCGAUUUUAAAGAACUACAUGCUUAUAAAGGAAUAAUCUUUUAUCUUCCCUUUAUAUGCAAUCAUAUUCCCUUCUAUAUAGUUUCUUUUUUUUAAGGAAUAAGCUUAAUUAUACUUUUUAUGGGAAGUGAUUCAUGUUUGAUAGAAGGAAAAAUAAAUAUUGCAAUCACCUUUGAGUAGAAUGGUGAAGUGCUUCAAUUUUUUUUAAAACAAAUUAAUACGGAGUAGUAAAGUAAAACAGCUAGUUUUAGGCACUAUGUUAAUUGUGGAGCUCUUGCUUUCGUUUGCUACUAAAUUUACUGGCGUUAGUUGCAUUUUCAUGUUUGAGUCUGCUUGUGAAAAGCCGCUCAAGGAUCAAGGCAUCGCUUCUACAGUUGUUUGUGUUUUUUCUUUGUAUUUAUAGCUUUGAAAAUGGUGGUUUGGGAUAUCAAAUUUGAAUGUGUACACAAAUAGUUUUUAGGCAAAAAAAUUAAAAACCAGGCCUAGCUUCUCUCUCAGUAUCAUGUCUCCUGCAGCAAUGGUAAGUUCAUGGAUAUUGAUACAAAACUCAAUUGAAGUGAAGCAAACUGUAAGCAAAAUAGUACAUAUGGAUACAGGUGUAAAGAAGCAUCACACAAAGAGGUCAAGAUCUUUCGGUUCAAGAGUGUGCAAAUUAGAUAUAAGUUUAAAUGAUCUAUUUUAUCUUUUAGUUCAAAAUGUUGGACUGAUUCCUCUAAAUCUUCAAAGAACUUCUAAUAUUAUAAUACACGCGCCAAUAAAAAUGAACCAUACAACAUUACAAAAAGUGACAAUAGGAGAAUCUAAAGUGAACACAGUGAGACUUAAGUUUAUAUCCUUUUGUAUAGACUUUAAUAUCAUUUAAAUAUGCUACAUAUAUUCAGAAAAACAAGUCAAUAGCUGCUUAUGUCAACUGGGAUGUGAGGUUCAAGGAUUUGAAAGGCUCAUCAUUUCUUAAAGAAUCUCUGUGAGGAAAAAAGAAGAAGUUUCAGUGUGUUUGCAAAGAUGUGGAUCUUGAAUUACUAUUUCCGCGUCUCCUUGACCAAAUCCCCCCACAUUAGGAUUAUACGUUAAUGGUCGAUCAAAUUUGAUAUCUUCCCCUUCUGAAACAAGAAGUUCUGGUCCAGGAGGGAUUAUCCAACUCACAGCUGUUGAUGUUUAUAUCGAGCAUUAAAGGCCGCACUUUUACCCUUGAGGUUCAUCGGUUUUCAUUUCUAUCAUUUUCCUACAUGGGGUGGGAUGUGUCUUGAAUCUGAAAGUUCCACUUGUUAAUCUUUCUAAACUUACAGUUUAAUAAUUCAAUGUUGCAUGGAUUCACUCUUAUCCUAUACUACGUAUUAAAUAAUUUACUGGGUUCUUAUUAAUCAAGUGAUGUAAUUUAGUAGCCAGAUAAAGAAGUGGAAGAUUGAUGUUGCGGAGUUAGCAAAAUAUAUGGGCUGCAGAAUGUGUGGAAACUUGAGCCACUCUGCAAUGGUUUGAAAUAUAUUUUAUGGAGGCUAUCCAGGUUUCUGAAGAAUGAAGAAUCUGAUGGAUUGUAUGUCUUCAGAAAUAUAUACGGAGUACUUCUUUAUCUUUCAAAUCUACUUCUGAAGCUAGGUGCCAAUGGCUACAGGUGAUGCCAAUGUGCUUCUUAGGAUAGCUUUUCAACUCUUUGGUCAUUUCCAAAUAGAUGGGAGAUCAAGAAGGCAAGAAGAAUGUGGGAAGAUUAGUUGGAUGACACAAGCUUUCAGCCACAUUAUCCUUAUGGUGUUACUUGUAUGAAGGAUCAAGGAAUUGCAAGUAAUAUCAAUAGGAAAGACAGUCAGAGUUAUACUUACGGAACUCUUAUUUAUGUUAAUGGAAUCAAACAAAUUCAUUCUGGUCUUUGGUCAUUGAUUCAUUCCAUAAAUUACUUUUCUAGGACAACACAUGUAGCUUCUAGUCACUAGUGUUAACUUACAACAAUAUCCAAACCUUAUUCUCAAAAAAUUUUGGGGUCAGCUAUCAUUGGUGUUACCUUAUGUGACAAAAUUUUUAUUAGUACCUUCUGUUGCAAAAAAUGGAACUAGGAGCAAACUGAGCCUUUGAACGGUGUAAACUCCAAUCUCUCAAGGAAUUGCUAGUGAAAGCUAGGGAUGGACUGGGACGGGACCAGGCCGGGCUUCGCGGCGGGACUUGGCGGGCUUCAGGCUUAAGGAUUUCAAGCUUGGUACCGGCCUAUGUUUGUACCGGUAUCAGGUCAGGCCGGUUGAGCCUCGGCCUGGGUCGGGCCGGGCUACCCGACCUUGCCUCAGUCUGGGCCCAGGUUGGGCUUUUUUUUAAUUUUUUGUAUAAUUGAUCGUUGAUUUAAUGGAGUUUUUAUGAAUAUUUGACCAUUGAGGCCCGGACCAAUCUUGGCCAGGCCAGUCCACUAAAACAUGAGCCCGAAGCCCGCCUACCUCUUUCACCGGGCUGGGUCCCGGGCUUGGUACCGGUCCGGGACAACUGGGUAGCGGGUUGGGUCGGCAGCGGGUUAGAUAGACCCGUCCCAGUCAAUCCCUAAUGAAAGCUACUAUUGUUACUCCACUUCAUUUUAAAAACUUUGCUUUGGAUAUUAUGUAUUUCAUCUCACUAAUGGUGAAACAAAAUAACUCUUUUGGCACUAAUUAUACAUUUCCAACUUAAU